AUGGUGGCAGGGGGAAGCACGGGGCUGCUGAUGGACCUGGCCGCCAACGAGAAAGCGGUGCAUGCCGACUUCUUUAACGAUUUUGAAGAUCUCUUUGAUGAUGAUGACAUCCAGUGAACUUAGUUGUCCAGCUAUGCAGUGCUGAGAUGUGGAUUUUUCUCUAGGAUCACCUGUGGUGUCCAUUAUUUAUUAAAAUAAUCAAAACAGAAAAAUCACAAGGUGGGGGGAAAUCUGUAUAAGCUGCUUGGGGAAUAUGAAAACCAGAUGGUUAAAGAUAACUAAGGGGGGAAUUGUGGACUGUUAUUUCUAGGAAGCUGUGUGUAGAUUUUUCUUAAAAUUUUACUUGCUGAUGUGCUCAUUCAAUAAAAUACUAACAAAAACUC